ACUCUUAACCAUCUGAUUAGGAUUUUAAUCUUCCUUAAUCCUUCCGCCAUUCUUUCUGCGCGGCUUUCUCUAUAAAGGAUUUAAAUCCCACGCGCUACCACUCACCCCAAUCCCAAGGAGACAGCAGGUAAAGACGACGACGACGAAGAAGAAGAAGAAGCGAAAUCCUACUGGCAACCGAAAGGAAAAACAGAACAUAAAAAGCUUGAAACUCCUCGAUCAUCCUCCACACGCAAAUCUCGCAAAAGCUGCUCAAAUGCUCCUCCAUGUCCUCCUCUUCUUACUCUCUUCAUCGUUGGUGGCGGCGGCAGCGCCGCCACGGCAUCCCGGUGAUCUCCGCUUCCGCGAAGCCCCCCAAUUCUACAACUCCCCCGGUUGCCCCCGUCCUCUCUCUUCAUCAACGGAUUCUCCCUGCUCCACUUCAAACCUCGUCCAUGUCGCCAUGACGCUGGACGUCGCCUAUCUCCGCGGCUCCAUCGCCGCCAUCAACUCCGUCCUCCAACACUCAUCCUGCCCCCAAUCCAUUUACUUCCACUUCCUCGCCUCCAAAGCCAUUCCCUACCUCAACUCCACCAUCUCCGCGACUUUCCCCUUUCUUCCUUUCCUCAUUCACCCCUUCGACCCUUCCCUCGUCUCUGAUCUCAUCUCCACCUCCAUCCGCGCCGCGCUCGAUCGUCCCCUUAAUUACGCCCGCUCCUACCUCCCCCGUCUCCUCCCCUCCUGCAUCUCCCGCGUCGUCUACCUCGAUUCCGACCUAAUCCUCGUCGACGACAUCGCUGCCCUAGCCGCAACCCCGAUCCCUCCCCCUUCCGUCCUCGCCGCACCGGAAUACUGCAAUGCGAAUUUCACCUCCUAUUUCACCCCCACAUUUUGGUCGAAUCCGUCCCUCUCCAUUGUCUUCGAGGGCCGGAAUGCGUGCUAUUUCAAUACAGGGGUGAUGGUUAUGGAUCUGGAUAGAUGGAGGGAAGGGGGUUAUACUGAAAAGAUUGAGGAGUGGAUGGAGUUGCAGAAACGGAUGAGGAUCUAUGAAUUGGGAUCAUUGCCGCCGUUUCUGUUGGUGUUCGCCGGAAGAAUUGCCGCGGUGGAUCACCGGUGGAAUCAGCAUGGGCUGGGAGGGGAUAAUUUUAGGGGAUUGUGCAGGGAUUUGCAUCCAGGGCCUGCUAGUUUGUUGCAUUGGAGUGGAAAGGGGAAGCCAUGGGCGAGGCUUGAUGCUGGACGACCUUGUCCGUUGGAUGCUCUUUGGGCGACUUACGAUCUUCUGGAACCACUCGUCUCCAUUGAUGAUUCCUGAUGAGAAAUUUAAUCCUGGAAACAAAGGGCACGUGCUAUCCUUGCUGCUUCCUGUCUUCCACGAUGAUCACCGACACGGUUGGUCAUCCUCGCACGUGUCGGUGCCGUUUUUCCCAACGUGGCAUUAUCGUCGUUUUAAAUCCGGCGAUCUAUAACUAUUGUUGAUGAUAGAAUUACAGCGUUGCCACGAGGUAAUAAUUAGUUAAUUAAUUAAUUGCUGAUGCAAAGGAAUCUACUAAUUGACUUAUUAAUCAACAAAGGUAAUUAGUAAUAUAUAUUUAUGGCGUUAGAAUGCUGAAAGCUUUUAAUUCUAAAAGUCUCUCGUUUAAGUUGAAUGAAGCCCAAAU